UAUUACUCAUAUCUCUCCUCUCUGCUUUUCCACUCUUCAUCUACAAUCCUUAGCAACAAAAAGAAGAACAAUGCAGACUCAGCCUCGUCAUGAGCAGCAGCUUUCUCGUCAGGUGGCCAAGACCACCACUGCUGUCACUGUUGGUGGUUCACUCAUGGUGCUUUCCGGGUUAACUCUGGCGGCUACCGUUAUCGGUCUAGCUAUAGUUACCCCUUUGCUGGUGAUUUUCAGCCCUGUUUUGGUACCUGCUGUUAUAACUCUUGGGUUGAUCCUUGGUGGGUUUUUGGCUUCUGGUGGUUUUGGAGCUACUGCUUCUUUUGUUUUCUACUGGAUGUACAGAUACGUCACGGGGAAGCACCCGAUCGGAGCAACCAAGAUUGAUUACGCGAGGGAUAAGAUUGCACAUGCGGCAAAUGAUGUGAAGGAGAAGGCGGAGCAGUUGGGGCACCAAGCACAGCAACAGAUUAAGGGUUGAAGAGAGAUUCAUUCAGGAGCUCUUUUUAUUUUUAUUUUUAAUGCAAGCAUGUACCUUUUAAUCGUUUGUUUGAGAAUGUUGGUUUUUAUGGUAGAUAUCAAUGGUUCUGUAACUUGAUUUACUAUUAACGAGUCUGUUAUUAAA